CAGUGCAAGAUUUCGGCGUGUUUUGUUAAUUUGUUACAUCAAUCCAAGAUUGGAUCGCGACACCGUUGCAUAGGUGGCGACUUUCGUGGUCUUGGAUAAAAGUAUCAUAUCGGAUUCGCCGAGCAGUCGUCCACCCCCACCAGAAAAAGAACUUUGAGUCAAUGCCACUCUCUGGGUAGCACGUCUCGACUCUCGUGCCAACGAGCGUGUCAUGGCGUCGUGUCACAACCGCUUAACACUUGCACGACAGGUUUACCUCGGAUGUGAAAGUCGUAAGUAAACUCGGUUGAAAUACGCGUGACAAAAGAUAACCGGUGGUGGGUCCAUGAACAUGAGGGAUAAACGGACGUGGCCCAGUGCGAAAGGGAUCGUCGUUAAAAUAUCGAAGGUGACUUAAUGCGGACUUGAUAUAGUAUAUACGCUUGCAAACUAGGCUGGGCCUAUUUUGCAGAAAAUGGCUGCGAACUGUUCGCAAAAACGAGUGAAUAACAAUUUCACGUAACCUGUAUCAGUAUCGCAAACGCCGUGGACGACAGGAAUGACAACCGGCGUUAUGAUGAUCGAAAUGUGAACAAGUGUUGUACUAUUAAGGGAGCGAGAAGAGCGAUGAGAUUGUGUUAAGUGGCGUGCAUUAUUGUUAUUUAGCGAUGAUGAAAAGUGUUACGGCGUGCAAGACGACGGGUCUGCUGGUUGCGCUGGCGCUCGUGUGUUUACUUCAAACAUGCUUCGUAAAUGGUCUGAAGUGCCACUGCGACUACUGCAAGGAUACGAAUUACACGUGCGAGACAGACGGGUACUGCUUUGCAAGUACAUCUCUAGAUAAUGGCGUGAAAACGUAUGCCUACAGGUGUUACAAUAAGACAAUUAUCUUCCCGGACCCGAAGUACCCCGUUUGGUGUAAUUCGGCAAACGAUGAUGUCUCCGUAGUGUUCUGCUGCAACGACGCGGACUUCUGCAACUUCAAUGUCAAGCCGUCUUUUCCCUCUGAACCAAAUACUUCUUCGACACACGUCACUAGAACCCCUUCCGAUGGAGCUUCUCCACGUGAAAAUGACGGACCAUGGGCUGCUUGGAAGAUGGCGUUGAUGAUUGCCGUCCCGAUAUGCAUCAUCUGCGCCCUUGUCAUGACGGUAUACCACAUCCAGGUGACCAGGAAACGGCCUCCCCGGCACUUUACCGAGGAUUCCCUGGGAGCCCCGGACCAGCCGAUACUCAGCGCCGUCUCCAUCAGGGACAUGAUCGAGAUGACGACCAGUGGCAGUGGCUCCGGGCUGCCGCUUCUGGUUCAGCGAAGUAUCGCGCGCCAGAUCCAGCUUGUAGAAACGAUCGGUAAAGGUCGGUUUGGUGAGGUCUGGCGCGGCCGAUGGAGAGGCGAGAACGUCGCCGUAAAGAUAUUCAGCUCCCGUGAGGAACGCUCCUGGUUCAGAGAGGCUGAAAUAUACCAGACAGUCAUGCUUAGGCACGACAAUAUCCUCGGCUUCAUCGCAGCCGACAACAAAGACAAUGGUACGUGGACGCAGCUCUGGCUGAUAACGGACUACCACGAGAAAGGUUCCCUCUUCGAUUAUCUGAACCGUUCGACGGUUGACACGAACGGGAUGAUUCGGAUGGCACUAUCGAUCGCAACGGGGCUGGCCCACCUGCACAUGGAGAUCGUGGGCACGCAGGGGAAACCAGCGAUCGCCCAUCGAGACCUGAAGUCCAAGAAUGUUCUCGUCAAGACGAACGGCACUUGCGCUAUCGGCGACCUGGGACUCGCCGUUCGGCAUGACGUGAUCACCGACACUGUCGACAUACAGCUCAACAACAGGGUCGGGACGAAGCGGUACAUGGCACCGGAAAUCCUCGAGGAGACGAUAAACAUGAAUCACUUCGACUCCUUCAAGAGGGCGGACGUUUAUGCUCUGGGGCUGAUACUAUGGGAGAUCGCUAGACGGUGUAACGUGGGUGGAAUGCACGACGAGUACCAACUUCCGUUUUACGAUUUGGUACCGUCCGAUCCGACCAUUGAGGAGAUGCGGAAGGUUGUAUGCGGUGAAAGGCAAAGGCCUUCUAUUCCGACAAGGUGGCAAUCGAUCGAGGCGCUCCGGGUAAUGACGAAAGUAAUGAAGGAAUGCUGGUACCAAAACGCGGCUGCCAGGCUGACCGCACUCAGAAUUAAAAAGUCAAUAGCCAGCUAUUGCACCAUCGAAGACAUCAAGUAAAUAAUAAUUGUAUGAAGAAGAAAAAAUAAUAAGUGACUAAAGUACCUUUACGAUUGAACAGAUACUAGGUAAAACUACUAAAAAAAAAAAAAAAAAACGAAGUGACACAGUGGUUUUGCUAAAUCACGUGACAUUCCUUAGUUGGUUCUUUAUUGUUAACACUGAUUGGGUGUUGAGUGAAUGUAAAUUUUUUUUUUAAUACAUUACCUCCCACGAAAAGAUGAAGAAAGAAGAUGGAAAGAAGAUGCGGUCAUUCAACUACACGAGUAACAUCGAUGAUGUGGGGAAAAAGUCGGUCUUCCGUUUGACAAACGAACGGUGUAUAUUACUAAUAGAAUAGGGACUGAUAUAAUGGUUAUCACGAGCUGAUUUAGGAUAGUUUUUGUCAUUUGAUGCGGUCUUGACCUAACUGGUUCCAAGACUUUGACGGGAAGCUGCUCAGGAUAUUUUCAAUAGAAUUUGAACCAAACAAUAAAAAGGUUUGAAAUCAGAUGCGGUGGCAGAAGAACUUCGAAGGGUAUAUUGGACUAAAUUUCUUGGAUUCGGCCAGCAAGUCCUCGGUCGAUUGAGAUAGAUUGUCGCCGCGGCACGUAGUUUGAUCUCCGAAAAGAUGCGUCCUAAGACGUUUUAGUAAUCGGUACUGGGACACAUUUAUACUGUGUAAGACUGUCAAUGGAGGAGAGUAGUAUACCAUACCGAGAUUGUCACGUGCGAAUGGUAUUGCAGGUAAUUCAGGGAAUACGAUGACUUUUGCAUAUCCGCUGUCUUACUCUGAGGAUUAACAUAAGUAUUUUCUCUUUUACCAAUUUUGCCCAACUUUUUUAUACAAAGUCUUUGAAAAAUCGAAACACUAAGGGUGAGAGAGAGAGAGAGAGAGAGAGAGAGAGAGAGAACGCGAGAGGAGCGGAGGGGGAGGGACAGCUAGAUUCUUUAGCGUCGACCGUGUUUGCGUCUAUUGCGAGCAAAUUGAAAUUGAAGGCUGCUUGGUAAUUGCGCGAGAGAAAUAUAGAGUUACAUGGAGGGAACAAGAUUGAGAAUGAAUAGAAAUAAAAAUUUAAAUAGUUUUGUUUAAUACAUAAACAUAAAUGUCUAUUUUUUAGAGUACUUUAUUUUUUAGAAAAUUUUUUGAUAAUUGGUAAAUUGUGGUUCCGGAAAAUGAAGUAUUAGGUCGAAUAAGUUUUCCUUGCCAAAGAGGACAAGGGGAUUCACUUCGAAUUGAUAAAAUUACAAUUAGUCCAUUUCUGUUUGCUUGCUAGGACGUAUGGUAUGUCGUGACUCUUGGGGAGAUUGCGAUUCACGGAAACAGAUCUAAAUGGGCAAAUAUAACACUAUAAUAACGAGAGAAAAUAAUGGCCGCUAUCAGAAAUGAAUUCAUCUAUAAUAAACAGCCGAACGUGAUUCUUGACGAAAGGUGUAAAUAUUUGAGAGAGACAAGACAAAGGUAGAAGUAAUUUCUAGAAAUAUGAGAAAUAGAUAUAUUGCAUACAUAUAAUUCUAUACAUACAUACGUACAUACAUAGAUACACACACAUAUAUCUAUCCAAGUAAAUAAUCUGUCAUUCUGCACUUACAAGAUAUCAUAUAUGUAUAUAUAUAUUAUACGUGUAUAUAUAUAUAUAUGCAUGUGUGUGUAUGUGUGUAGAUGUGUGGUCGCGUGCGAGAGAGAAAGAGAAAGAGAGUGCAUGUGCGUGUCUCAGUAUAAAUCGAAGCCGCAACAAUAUCUUACACAAAUGGAAUGAAUAAUCUUUGUCAUCCAAUAGUCAAGUUAAAGUCUGCAAUAUCACAAUGGAACCUAAAGUACUGGAAACCUAGAAAACAAAAUCAUAUUUUUAUACCAUUUAUUUCUUUCCUAACUAUUGUUUUAUGUUUUUUCACACAACAAAUGGGGCCCAGUGAAUUUUGCAUCAACACAUUGUGCUCUCAGCGUCGCUUGGUUGAAGAUUGAUUCCAGUUCGGGCAGGCUGUUCGAUCGUUUGAAAGACAAAAGCUCCCGUGGCACAAGUGCAUUUUACCCUCUGAUACUGAUAAUUUCACACACAUACCCUUAUUUAAUACAUUCCUGGAAUACGUAGGUUAAUUUAAUGAAUGAAUAAUACUCGAUAAUGUUUUGCCGCUCGGUGUUACUUUUUCACACGGCAAAUGUUGCCGAAUCGUUGGAGAAGUACCACCGAUGGGUCACCCUACAGAUUUCUACCACUAGUACAAUGAUGUGCCAAUACAUGAUCGAAGGUUCACUAAAGCCGUAACUAAUAAUAAUGUCACCACGCGUAUACGUUUUUAACGACUUGCGAAUGGCGCAAGUCUAUGCUCCCUUUUUAAUAAAAUUCGCUGAGGAUAAUAUUGGCUGGGCCCCUGAACGAACAGUCUGAUCUUUAUUCUGAUACAAAACGAAACUGCCAAUUGUAGAAUCAUCCCUCAACGCCUCCACAAACCUGGUACAAAACAAAAAGCAAUUACACUUUAGGAAUUGAAAGUUUUUUAUUCCAUGUUUUUCUCUUUUAUCUUUGAAGCCGAUAUCUCACAUUCGUAUUAUAGUUCAAUUACACCGAGUUCAAUUUACGGCCAUUAAUGCAUAGCACGAAAUCACUUCGAGAUGUGAAAAAAUCCCACAGCACUAGGAUGCUUGCUUACUGCUUAAACUUGUCUAAAUGUAGAAUUUCAUAUGAAGUCUUAGUCCGAUCAGUAAAGAAGAAGAACCUCAUGUUGUGUUUUGCAAUAGAGCUUAUGCCUUCAAGAAGCAAUCAUUUUCUGUAAACCGGAUUCAUUUCAGACGAGUAAAAAGGAUUUCGUACAGAAAGUAUAGUGAACUCUUGAAUGAACAUCACCUGUUUUCGAUAAAAUUCAUUGCUUAUAAACACCUAAUCAAUAUCUUCAGUCGAUCGCGAUAGUGAAACAUUAUAAGUGUCUCCACCACGCAUAAAUAAUGUAUUUCAGCGUGAUGGAAUUAAUUGGUAUUACUCAUUUGGCUAAAAAAAAUUAUCUCUAGUAUAUACCACCAAUCCUUUCAAAACUAUGCUGCAUAAUCUUCGUACUCCAUCUGUUGUACACUUUUUCCAAUUUCUUACCGUUGAGAUCCAAACUUACCAAUUAUAGGUAUUUUCCUUGAAUAUGGUCCAAAUUUUAAAUGACACAGUUUUCGUUGCCCUCCCUGCCUGUUGGGAAAACGUUAUAUAUUCCAUCAUCACCAUUAUUCUUAUAAACAUCGUCAUGUUAAGUGCCGUCCAUUGCAGUACCUACCGAUGAAACAUUUUUCAAUCCUUUCCUCAAUCGCGUUACGCUAUGAAUUGAAUUAGUUGGUGGAUUCUCAAUUUUUUUGUCUGGUCUCAAACACGCGUGGUGUCUUUCCAUUUUGUAACCUGAAUUUGGAUCAAUACGGUAUUACGUAUUUGCCAAAAUAAGUAUAUAUGUAAGCAUUUCAGUGCUUUCUACCUGUUCCAUUGCACUGUAAGAACAAGCUUUCGAAAGAGUGAUGAACUUGGAAAAGUCCUGCCAUGCAUUGGCAUUGGCUGAUAAGAGUUUACUGUACGCAGAUUAUACAUUUUUCAUUCUAUAACCCUAUCAUUGUCUACCUUAUCUGUAUGAUAUAACUUGUAAAUAACGGUGUAAAUGUUUAUCACAACGAUUGUAAUUAAAAAAAUAAUUAUUACUUUCACUCCUAUUACUAUUAAGACUAUUAUUGAUUACAAAUAUUAUAAUUUUUGCAUAUGAUUUGGUAGCUGUUUAUUUGUUGUAAAAUAUAUUUUAGUAGUAAUGAAUAUAUGUUUUGCGAUCCCAAAUGUUAGGUGGUAGUCAGUUACGUCGUGUGGUAUCGUUGCUUGCGGGGAAAUGUUUUGAAAAACUUAAUCUCAGUCUUUAACGAGCCCUGACUAAAAUCGUGAUAGGACAUUGCAGGACUCCGAAGAGGUAUUGAACCCGGAUGGUCCUGGCGUUUUUUUUUUUUUUCCUAUGCCCAGUAAUAUCUUGCUGAGUUUCGGCUUUGUGCAGCUUUAACAAAACCUUACACGUCCCAGUGAGAUUUAUGCCGUGCCAAGCUGUGUGUAAAUAUGGGGCUUAUACUCUGUCCUACUUUGCAAUCGAGUACAUUUAAGUAUUUGCAAAGCGAGGUGCGAUGAGUAACCCAGUAAAUAUGGCUGCUGAUUGGGUUGUUGGGAACAAAUACCUUUCGAGCAACACUGCAUUUUCGACGAGUUACCGAUAUUUAUCAAACAAUUCUUAAAGUGUGAUUGAAGCUUGGAAUGAUUUUUGGAAUCGAAUGGCCUUUAAUGAAUUUAUAUUUAAGUAAUAAUCGGUGAAAAUAAAUGAUACAAUUAGCUAUAUAAUAUUGUAGAAUGCUAAUAUUAAUAUAACCCGUUAAGAGAUAAGAAAGAGGAAUGAGAAAAAAAUUACAAUUACGAAAAGUACGAAAAAAAUAAAAUUUAGAAAUAGAAGUGAUAAG